GUUCUUCCCCUACUUUUGGGCUCUUCAUCUUCAUCUCACGCCGCCUCCUUCGCUUACCGCCAAUUGAACCAUGGCUUCGACUCCAGCAAAGAAGAGGAAAGGCAAAUAUAGUCUCUCAGAGCUGAAAACCCUAGGUCACCAGCUCCUCUCCUCUAGAUCCCACAUCAACAACCUCCCUCUCCUCCUCUCCUUCAUCUCCCCCUCUUCUCCCCCACACUAUGCACUCGAAUCCCUCCUCUCUCUCCAGUCCUUCUUCACUCCUCUUCUCCCUCAACUUCCGCCCUCUUCCUCCUCCUCCUCCAAGCCUUCUGCUCGCCAGAACUCCGCUGAAGAUCCCGAGUUCAUCUACUGGACAUGGCUUCGGUCCAAGUUUGACAACUUUGUUCAAUCGCUCAUUGACGUUGCCGUGUCUCCAAAGUCCGAAGAUGCUCUGCGGGAUGUUGUGCUGGACACGAUAAUGGAGUCUGUGAAGCUGGGGAAUGGGGGCAGAUUUCAAUCUGCCAUAUAUCACAAGUUCAUUCAUAGAAUUGUUCACUCAUCUUUGGUGGUGGAUUUUUUGUUAGAAUCACUCACAUCAAAGUAUUUCAAGUUCCUUGAUGUUCGUUAUUUUACCUAUAUCAGCCUGGAAAAACUAUCAAGAACCUUGGAGACAAAAGAUAUAUCUGAGAAGAGAAUUAUGAGUUUGGAUGGUGAUGGUGAGAGUCAAUCAAAAGAAAGCAUGGAGCUUUCUAUUCAGAAACUACAUUAUAUUCUGUUGCACAUCCCCCCUUUAGAAGCUUCAGAUGACCAUUCAUGUCAUGAGAUGUGGAGUGGGUCAGGAUUUUCAUCUAAUGAAGGUGAUUCAAAAGACCAUUCACAGCCUAUGGAAAGUAAAGUUGAACAGGGCAAGACGAAGAAAUCCAACAAUAAUGUCUUGUCUUCAGUCAAUAUUGCCAAAAAGAUUAAAUUAAAAUUCACUAAAGCGUGGAUAUCAUUUCUUAGGUUACCGCUUCCUCUCGAUGUGUACAAGGAGGUUUUAGUUUCCCUCGACCAGGUGGUUAUUCCGCAUCUGUCUAACCCCAUCAUGUUAUGUGAUUUUUUGACAAGAUCUUAUGACAUUGGCGGUGUUAUCAGUGUCAUGGCUCUUAGCAGCCUUUUCGUCCUUAUGACACAGCAUGGUCUGGAGUACCCUAACUUUUAUGAAAAGCUUUAUGCACUAUUAGUGCCUUCUAUUUUUAUGGCGAAACAUCGUGCAAAAUUUUUCCAGCUUCUUGAUUCUUGCCUGAAAUCACCACUGCUUCCUGCAUAUUUAGCAGCAGCUUUUGCCAAGAAAUUGAGUAGGUUGACACUAUCAGUCCCUCCUUCAGGAGCCUUGAUUAUUGUAGCUCUGAUUCAUAACCUUUUACGAAGACAUCCUUCUAUCAACUGUUUGGUGCACCGGGAAGACGGUGAUGGGAUCACCAAAGAUGAGUCAAGAGCGCAAAAGGGGUUUGGUGACAAUGCAGACAACUUCGUUUCCAGCACACAGAUGGACAGUGGAAAAUCAGGCAUAGAUCCCUUCAAAGAUGAAGAAAGUAAUCCCAUGAAGUGCAAUGCCAUGAGAAGUUCUCUUUGGGAAAUUGAUACCCUUCGUCACCAUUACUGCCCUCCUGUCUCGAGAUUUGUGUUGUCACUUGAGAAUGACUUGACAGUCAGAGCCAAAACCACUGAGGUAGCAGUUACAGAUUUCAGUUCUGGUUCAUAUGCGACAAUAUUUAGAGAAGAGAUUAGACGGAGAGUAAAGCAAGUCCCACUUGCAUUCUAUAAAUCAACUCCCACCUCUUUGUUCUCCGGGUCAGAUUUUGCUGGCUGGGGUUUUAGAUAUGAAGAUGAAGAGGAUCAGAAUUGUGGGGAUGGAGAAAACACAACAAACAGCAUAUCUAAGGAGCAUGAUCAAAAUUCUGCAAAGCGGCCACGGCAGCAGAAGCUAAGCUCCCCAUCACCUCUCUCUUGAGAUGAACCGAAGGAAGAAAUUCAACGACAGAGAAGCCUAAAAAAUGUCAUUUUAUUUCUCUUACAGACACAGUGCCUGCGUAAAUUGUUUGAUUGAUUUUAGUAAGGGAGAUAAUUUGUUGAUUUGAGGACAACCCCUUGGAAUCGAGGAGCAGCAGCUUCAUCCAGUGUUUUAUGUACAGUCGCCGAACUUUAAAAAUUUGCAGACCAUCUGUGAUAUUUAUCCAGGGGCUUUCUUUUUUAGAUUUUUUUUUUCUGAAUAUUUGGCAAAUGGCUAUUGUUUGGAGGCUUGGAGGAUGGCUUGGAUCUGCAAUUAUGUAAUGAAAUAAGCUAAUACAAAAUUGUGGAUUUUUUUUAAUGAAAAUUCAUGCAAUUCGAUUUCAAAUUUUAAAA